AUGUCACAGAAAGUUAGAAUUAAGGAUCCCAAUCUACAAGUCCAAAGUUGGACGCGAUGCAAGCUUCCAGUCGAAAUGCCCUUACCGGCAAGAGUGUCGAAGAAUUAUAUUGAAGACCUUCCAGAAAUCUGGCAUGAAUCAUUGACUGGUCUCAUGUACGCUCCAGGUUUUCUGAGGUCCAGAUGUGCUCGAAACGUUAAGAAUGCGGAAGAAGUGCUUUUUGCUAUCGAAUGGGAGGAUGACGCCUCGUUCAAAGCGUUUAUGAAAUCCCCAGCCUAUCCGCUAUAUUUACGAGGAUUUGGAAUUCGUGACUCACAGACUCCCGACGCUAUGGUUUCCCUCUUUCCCUCCUUCGAUGUGUGUACGUUUAGCCCUGGGGGGCGGGUAACGGUAUUUAUUCAUAGCUUUAAGUAUCCAGCUACUGAACAAAAUCGUCACGAUGUAAGGGAUGCGCAAGGACUUCUUAUUAGCAGAAGGUUUGGCACGUUAGGGGUUCCAUGUCAGCAUGUGUGGAUUCGACAGCCGCAGAUGGGAGAUGAUAGACAAUUGGUGGAAAAAGGAGUGGUGGUACAGGCUUGGCCUAAUACAGAGCCACCAGUUAUUUUCGAAGCUGUGGAUCAAGAUGAAAAUGCGAGAGAUAACUUGAGAAAGCAUGUUAGGAGGAUCAAUCCUAUAAAUAUGGAGGAGAUGACAUGGCAUGUAGCAAAAGUUGAAAACGAGGACGAGGACGAGGAUCAGAAUGAGGAUGAGGAUGGGAAGGAUAAGAAUGUGAAUAUGAUGGAUUAAGCACUCGAUAAAGUUUAUAAGGUAAGACCAGAAAGACCUUGAUGAUGCAUUCAUGUUUGAACUUUACAGAUUAAGUUCGAGGUGUCAACAUGGCAGUGCUUUCUAUGAUUUGUUCGCUCAUUAAUCAAUUGAGUCCUGCGUUAUGAUAGAUCCGAAACUGCUAAUAUAUUAUAUUCUGGUAUUAGCAAACCGACUAAUGGCCGGUGCAUUGAUUACAAGAAAACAAAGGUCUA